AUGCAGAACGAGUGGUUAGACAUAGGAGAUUUUUGCAUCCCAUUAGCAUUAAAAUGGCGCACUUUAAUUUAUGAUUGGUCGCCAGCAUUGCUAAAAUUCUAUCUCAAUGCGUUCCAGAUGACUCUCCCAGAUCAGAGUAGUUUGGUAAGAUGGGGUAAAAGUACCGAAAAAACUUGCUCUAUCUGUGGAAAGGCAGUUGGAACUGCUAAGCAUCUGCUGGUGGGAUGUAAGGUACUCCUGGACAGCGGUCAAUACUCGCGUCGUCACGAUAGGGUUCUAGAAGUCAUACGUGAAGCGGUUAGUCUUUCGGUAGCCAGAGCACAAAAGGAAAUAACCACAAACGAACGAUCAGUAGGUUUUGUGAGAGAAGGCACUAGGGCUACAAAAUCAAACGUCAAGCCUUACUCCAUCCUGAAAGCGGCGUCGGAUUGGACUAUAAUGAUGGACACGUAUGAAAAACAAUAUAAAAUCCCCGAGGAUAUUUGUGCGUCGGCCUCCAGACCAGAUAUAUUUUUGUUUUCGCGAAUUUUAAAGCGCGUAGUGAUGAAAGAACUUACGGUCCCUUGGGAAACCAACAUCCUCAAAGACCAUACCAUCAAGGUCAACAAAUAUUACGAGCUCACAAACGAACUCACUCGAAAUAGGUUCGUAGUAGAUUUGUACGCGGUAGAGGUGGGAGCGAGAGGUAUAACAGCGAAAUCUCUCUACAACCUACUAAAGGACUUGGGCCUGUCCAGAACUCACAUUAAUGCAUUCUUGGAACGUACAUCGAAGGCAGCCCUAGUAGGUUCUUUUCAAAUUUGGUUAGGUAGGGAGAGGAGCUUGGACAGUGGAGGUGAGCGUAUAACGCGCGUUAAUUGUAGUGACUGA